AUCAUACCUCCGACCCCCUCAAUAAGGGGGGGGGGGGGGUUGGAGAUUUUCUGGAACUACACAUUGUUAAUAUUAUGGUUCAGUGUGGUCAUAUUAUUCUGCACACGUCAUUUUGAACCGUCUAAGCUGCGCAAUAAAUUCUGAAACGCACUUUUUUAAGGAAUCGCGCGCGGGCUUUUUCUUUUGUUUUUUCGCUUAAAACAAAUUAUUAUAAAGAAACUUCUUCGUAAAUUUUCUUUGUAAAUUCUAAUGGUCAAACACUGCGCGCGUGACUUUUCAUUAAAAGAGUAGCAAAGCUUCUUUUAUUUUUUUUCUCUUUACUUAGAAGUGCUAAUUGCUUUAAUCGACUUCGUUACCGAUUGUUUCUAAAAUCCUAAUUAGAUCGUAAUUGACCCUCGAAUCGUUCUGCUUCGACUUAAAAGUCAAAAGAACCUCAUUCAAAAUGUGCGAAAAACUUGCCGUGAAAACUACAUCAUGACUCGACCAGAGCUUUCACCCUCCCCUCCACGGGGACUGUUGGACCUGUUGGUUUUCAGCGUUUUGCAAUUCGCGAAUAAUCUCUUCGCCAAGGCUUACAAGCGAAGUAGCCUGCAAGCAAAAGUCGUCCCUCUUCAGGCGUAUCGCCGACGUCACCCGAUCCAGGCGCAUGUGCUUUUUCUAUGCACGCUUCCUCUUCUCCUAUUGGCUGGUUUUGGCCUCAGUCUUGGUCUCGUGGCCGCCGCCUGCGCAUGCGUGGUACUGCUUUGUACGCUGAUCGUCUGGUUUGCAGUCGCGCUUACCUGUUCUUCGCCGUUUCUACUUCCCGCUGGAUGCGUUAUUCUUGGGUCUUAUUGCUGUUUUUAUCUUGUCCAAUAUCACAUACUCUAAGGAGUUCUUCCUACGAGCUUGACCUUUUUACGGUCCAUUAUUUCGUAUGUUUAUACUCAAUUUCUAGCCGUAGCCAGUUUUGUUAUUGGACUACCAGGACCUUUAUCACCGAUUGCCUCGCGGCUGUUUAAGAAAUUUCGGAUGCGCUCCUAACGUUCUUAAACAUCUGAUUGGUUAUGGAACAAUCGGAGCAUUUUCGAGAAGUCGUUGGAUGAGAGGUGAACGACCGAGCCCAUUCGGGCGGAUUUCGGAAGAGAGUUCGAGUGUGAUAACAAGCUCGUGUUGCAGCGAUUGCUCAUUUGUCAGUUCCGACGUGUCGGUCCUCUCCUUGUCACGUGAUACAUCAUAUGCAGACAUUCACAACGACGCGGACAGUGAAGGUACCCUUCGCGAGCCUCGCCGCCGUGUGGUCUACCCCCUUUCGAUAACGUACCGCCUGAACUCCUUGCUAGGGGGCCCAUGCAGACUCAUCCCGCGGAGCUGGCUUUCGAGGCUCCUGCUCUUGCCCAUGUGGGUGCCAAUGGUUUAUGUAUGGGUCAUGUGCGCAUGCGCCCUUUUACCAAUUUGCAGCACUGUGCAAGCCACUAAGAGAGCCAUAAUCAAUUGUUGUGGCACGGUUGAACGUCACACGACGUUGCCACCAAUCGUAACGGCCAUUUGGUUUGGCCCAUGUGAGGGGUUUGUCCGAUUCACCCGGACAGUUGGCCGCUCUUUUCAAGCCCUUCCUUUGUGGUUCUACUGCCGACUGGAAGACAUUGCAAGUUAUUUGUUCGGCGUCAGACAGCAGAGAGGCACUUGUGAUUCACGGGUGCGAGAGCAUGGACUCUCCCCACCCCCUCCCCCAUGGCAACUAACCAUCCCCUCCUUGGCAAUCAGGCUUCAGCUGAUGUUUGAUUCCAUUACGGAGAUCCAGGUGCUCUUUGGCGGACUGGUACUGACGUGAUCGUGUCGCGCCCAUAAGAACCUAGAAAGCGGGACCUGUUCAUUCAGAUUGCGCGUGCACGUGCAACUCUUCCGAAAGUAAAGCAUCUAAUUGGUUCACUCCAGUGGAGUUGCGUGAGUAACCAGCGAGCUCGACCACCCAAUCCACACUUGUUGCUCGGUGCAGUGUUGCUCGCUUCUCUGUCGAGCGCUAGGCGAGGGCUGUGUUCUCUACAUGCCGAUGACGUCAUUCCGAACUGUAUCUACAUCGCCAUUCCAUAAUAUCAUCAAUAUGCGAUGUAGAUAGUCACAUGAUAGAGCCACCAGUCACGUGACAAAGCCACCAGUCACGUGAUAAAGCCGCCAGUCACGUGUUAAAGUCACCAGUCACGUGACAAAGCCACCAGUCACGUGAUAAAGUCACCAGUCAACACCAAAGCCACCACUUGUUCGGCCGAGGUCUUUUUUUUAUUUUUUCUAUUUUUUUAUUUUGUUGUUGUUGUUUUAUCGAUAUAACGGUAGCUUGAUAAUCAUCAUUGCGUAUUAAAAUAUUCUCACUAGAACUUGUACUAGCCUCCUCCGUAGGCAUCCUGAGAUUUUUUUUUUCAGUAUUUUUAUGAAUUGGGGUUCCUGUGGCGAGUUGAACCGCAACCGGAAGCCGGAAAAAUGAAAAUCCCUUUUUCCUUUACUCCAGGCCCCACUAUUUCUUGAACACAGGAAGCCCGAAAUCGAAAAAGGAGCCUUUAAUGUUGUAAAGACAGUUCUGUAACGUAGGGUCCUGUAACACGCACGCUUUUAGCUGCAUGCAGUGCAUUUAUCUAAACGAGUGUGUGAGUAUGACAUGACCACUUCAGUUCUUACGUGACUCCAAUCAGUCACUCAAUUACUCACUAACUACUAUCUAUGGGUUAUGCAUGAACUAUCUAGCAAAUUAGUUUUAUUUUAUUAGCUUUGCCUCAAGAUUAAGUACUUCGCUAUAGAAAACCAAAAAUGGGUAAUAAUAUAACACUAUACUAUGGACCCAAGUUAUUAAAACAUAUAUUUAAAAAAAUACACAUAUACAUUAAAGGUAUUUACUGACACGGACUUGCGAGGCUACAUCAAUGGAUACAUUGGCAAAUUGAUUUGAAUGUUCGGGUAUUUCCGCAGUCUGAGACCACAUAGUAUAACAUAAAAUAACUCGCUUGAAGGAGAAAAGGAUUGUUAAUGUAUUGGUUGAGUUCUUCCGCGCGAAAGCCAGCAAGAAGUUAAACUAACUGUCCAAGCUUUACCACAUAUUUAUCAAGCUUUACCGACAGAUUUAUCAGGACAACUCAUUAAAAAUUUGAGAAAAGGAAAAACAACCCAGCAGAGGGAAUGGAGCCAAAAUGUUAUAGAAAAACGUACAUAUGGCAAGGGCCUCACCUGUUAUGUUGUUUUACCUUUGUUGCCGUUGUUGUUGUUCGUUGGGAACAACAUUGUGAGUGUGGAUGCUUCUGUUUAUUGCGACACGAACGCACGCGCCGAAAACCUGCGCGCGCUUUUUGUGUAGUUGUACCUAAAGCCCCAUCUACACUAACAUUUUUAGCUGACAAUUUUUAUGUGACAAUUUUUAUUUGCUAGUGUAGAUGAAGCAAUGUCGGUAAUUUGUAGGUGGCAACUAUAGUUGCUCAAAAGCUGGCAGGUUUGCUUUUUCUCGGCAAUUUAAAAUUGUCACUCAUUAAAAAUUGCUAGUGUAUAUGCCAACAAAUAUAGUUGUUAACUAAAAGUUGUCAACUAAAAGUUGUUAGUGUAGAUGGGGCUUAAGACUUCUCGCAUAUCUACAGCACAUGGAUUCCAAUUGUCAAUUAGACCUUUUUGAGCGGUUUUUGUGUAAGCGGAUCUAGGAGGAGGGUGUUGAGGAUUAAAUCCCACUCCCCCCUAUCCUUUUCAGCUGCCAAAAAAAUUGUUACGUGAAAAAGAUGCCAUAAACAGCAUUUCUCUAAAGUACGUGCAUCUACGCAUCUCUUUUGUUUCCCAGAAAAAAUAGACGUACCAGCGUGAGGUGAAAAAAAAAUUUCUUGAAAAACACCCUGAUUAGGUAGUCGUGUCGCUGUGCUAGUUAUCAUUGUACGCUAUAAAGAGGUUUGCUGUAUAGUACCAGUAAAACAUUUAAAUCUGUCAUUGCCCAUAAUAAAGUGGCUGGUAUAAGGCCAAUAAGGGAUAAA